CACAGUUAUAUAACUUACAAAAAGACGGAAGUUGUAAAGAUCCUUUGUGGCGAAGUUCGCAAUGGUUCGCAAGUAGGUAGAAGGUUUCGUGUGUUUGACGUUUGCUGGAAGGGAAAUAUUGGUUGUUUACAAUUUUCUACGAUUUUUAAAGUUCUAGCGAAUUAUAAUUGAUAAUGAGUUCCGACGUAGAAAGUGAUAGCGAAGCUUCUGAUCCUGGAGAGUAUGAUUAUGAUAUAUAUUUAUCAGAAUACAUAGAAACCAUACAAAGAAUAAUUAGGGAACACAAUGCCGAAGAAGAACCUACAGAAGAAAAUGCCGAACAGCCAUUUGAAAGAACUUUUGACUUAACAUUACCGGCUACACAUUCUUAUUUAGGACAAAACUUGGUAGAGCUUAGAGGACGGACAAUGUUUGAUGAUGGAGUUUAUAUGAGGUUGCCAUUACUGAACCAAAACUGUGUUAUGUUAUUCCCUGGUCAAACAUUACCAAUGACAGUUGACACACAUGCUAUUGACAUGCCAGCUUGCCUUGAAGGCAAUCGUACAAUAGGUGUUGUAUGCUUCAGAUAUAGCAACAUUUAUCCCAUAGGCGUAACAGCUGAAAUUUAUGAAUGUAUUGAUAAAGGCCCUGAAGAAGGUUAUAAUUUGAAAGCUAAGGGCAGACAACGAUUCAAGAUUUUGCAACUCAAUGUAGAGGAUUAUCGGAUGUCAGCCAAUGUUAAAGUUUUACCAGAAAUAACACUUGGACCACCAUUUUUUGAUGACCGGUUAGCAUCAUUAGAUUAUUUACGAAUAUGUCCAAGCACUGAGGAAGAUUUCAAAAAACAAGAAAGGGUAGAGAAUUUAGAUGCUGCUGUAACUCCUUGGCCUGGUUGGGUAUACAGACAAUAUGAUCCAUUAAGACUUUCUUUAAGAAUACGGAAACAUCUCCAGUUUAUUGAGCGUAUGGGAAGCAGUAUACCAGAAGAUCCUAUAAAUUUGUCAUUUUGGGUUGCCCAAAAUAUGUUGUUAGAUGAUACCACAAGAAAAAUUUUAUUAAAUUAUGAUUGUGCAAUUUCCAGAUUACAAAUGGGAAUCAAAUGUUUAAUACAUGAUAAACUGUUUGCCUGUAAUAACUGUAAUGCUCUUAUUGGAAGGCAGUCGAACAUGCUUCCAAUGAGUACAGAAGGUCCACUUGGCAUUUAUUGUAACCGUGCAGGUUUUAUACACGAUAUUGUGACUUUAUAUAGUGCACAAGGUUUAAUACUAAGUCAUCAUCCACCGUCGACGGAAUAUACAUGGUUCCCUGGAUAUGCAUGGACGAUAGCUAUGUGUAAAAACUGUAAUUCUCAUAUGGGAUGGAAAUUUACGGCAGUUGAAUCAUUUUUGAAACCUAAAACGUUUUGGGGCUUAUCACGUCAGAAUAUAAAAUACAAAUAAAUAUGAACGAAUUAAAUGUUCAACCAGAAAUUGCUCUUAUUGUUGUACCUCAAUUGAACAACCUUGUAUAUAUUAUUGUUGUGCCGCUAAAGAAAAUUGUUUCUACUGCCUAGCUCCCCUAAAAGUUUAGUAAUAAAACGUGCAGUAUUUUCAACAGAGAAGAAGAAUGUAAUAUACUUCGAAUUUCCACGCAACUCGAUUUUUCAUUUGUAUGUAUAUAAAAUUUUAUUUAAAAAAUUUUAGUAGAACAAGACUGUUAUAAAGGAUUGAUAACUUUUACAUCUUAUUUUAUAUUUAUAUAAAUUUGAUAAUUUAAAACAUAAUUUAAAAAAAAAUCAGUGUAAACCAUUAUUUUUACAAAACAAUUUGUACUGCUUCUUAUAUUUUUUGCAAAAUUAGUAUAAACAUUUAUUACUUUGUACAUACGAGAGACUUACGUAUGUGUAAUAGUAAUUCUUCUUCCUUAAAGCAAUGAAAUGAUAGUAAAUCGUAAUGGAAUGUUUAAAUAGAGUUACUUUCUUCACCAAUGCGUAAUUUUUAUAUAUACAUACAUUUAUUCCCCUUAUAAUGCUGUUGCUAAUCCAAAUAUAUGUAUAUUAUAGAAUAAGGUAAAAGGCAAAACAUAUGUCUAGAAUAUAAUAAGUUUAAUACAUGUAAAUCAUAAAAAUGAACAGUUUUACUGUAUUUUACUAAACCUUACCGAUCUAUGGAAAUAGGGUAGAGAAUAUCUCAUAAUAAUUAAUGGACUGUAGUGCGUUUAAAAAUAAUUAAAGGUUAUAGUUAUAUAAAAUAUUUGCAAAACGUUUAACGUCAAUUUUAAUGGAACUAUACAAGUUUGUAAAACAACCAAA